AUGGAGGGAUUGAAACAUAAACAUUAUCAUGAUGAAGAGUUUGAUCAUCAUUUGAUUAUAGAAACAUAUGUUGGUCGUGAUAAGACGGAUUCAAAAGAUGAACUUUUAAUCACUACAAUGCAAAAAAUAUUUCAGUGUUUGUGUUCAGGUAAGUUCAUUUUCAACAUAUAUAUUCUGUCCUCAGUGCCACCAGUAUUAAAGGGUCACUCUCACAGUUAUUUGCAAAAACCCGAGGUGACUUGUCUGCUUGAAUUUUGUCACCAGGGAAAAGUGAGAACGGAGAUAAAUGAAUCUAAGCUCUGCCUUAUUGCACCGUCAGCUUCUGGUCUUCAAUUUCUGUAAUCUGAAACAUUAAGAGCUGUGUCAUUUUUGUGCUUAUGAAAACAUGAAAGUUAAAAUCAUGAAGGCAAAAUAAUAUGUAUAGUUUUGAGGACAGAUGGGACAACAUGUUGCAAUGUAUGGAUCUAGUCAGGUAACUGUACAAACUGUAUACAGCCUUUAUAUCCAUAUACCGACAUUAUUUUAACAUCCCAAUGGCAUUUUGAAAAGAGGUAUAUCAAAAUGUGGUUUUAUUCUAAGCGAAUGUGAUAGCCAUUUACCCCAGGCUCAAAAUGCAUGUAACAAAAAUAAACAAUAAUUUUAGUGAAGGUGAUAUUUUUACUAAUUUGUUUCUCCCCAGGUAUUGUGAAAGGAGAGACUCUGAUAGACCUCACUGUUGGUGCAGGCUUUUGUCAUUUAUUGGUUAUGUCCGAAUUCUUUAAGGAAAUCACCAUUUUGGAUUCAUCAGAUCGAACGCUUUAUGAAAUUGAGAGAUGGCUGAAUAAGGAACCAGGAGCUGUAGACUGGUCUCAUGCUGCUGAAAUUUCAUGUGAACUUAAGGGUGUGAGGUAAGUCUGCUGGGUUAGAGAAAUAUUCCCUUACAUUUUUCAAUUUUUGGAACAAACUGACCCCAUUGACCAUGUCAUGUAUACACGUUUUUACUUUCAUUAAAGGGAUCCUAUAGUGCCAGGAAAACAAAGCCAUUUCCUUGCACUAUAGAGUUAAUAGGUCCCUCCCUCCUUCAUGCCCCCCCUCCCGCAGGGCUGAGAGGUUAAAACCCAUUCAGCCACUUAUCUGAAUCCAGUGCCGAUGUCUCUCCAUUCAAGCUCCUCCCCCACCGAUGUCGGCCGGCAGGGGAGACCUAAUGCGCAUGCGCGGCAAUGGCCGCAUGCAUGCAUUAGACCUCCCCAUAAGAAAGCAUUAUUCAAUGCUUUCCUAUGGGGAAAAUCUGACACUGGAGGUCCUCAUGCAGAGCAUCAGGUAACGGACCAAAAGUCAGUUUGGAUUCCGGAAGCCCUCUCGUGGCUGUGUGGUAGACAGCCACAGAGGGCAGAUUUAGAGCUGCAAUGUAAACAUUACACUUUCUCUGGAACUGAAAUGUUUUACAUUGCAGCUCUAGGUGCAAAAGGAACACAGCACCCAAACCAUUUCAAUGAGUUGAAGUGGUCUGGGUUCCUACAGUGUCCCUUUAACUUUGCAAAACAAAAUUUAGUACAUAAAGCCAUACUCACCCUCAUUUAUACUCCAGGAAGGAUCACCAGCCUGUUGGGGAAAACAUUUGUCCUCCAUUAGCUCAUGACUGCACAAAAGCCUAGCUAUGCCCAUCACCAGAUGACACGCCUUCCACCUCAGUAAAUGGACAUGGAUACAGAAUAUGUGGAUAGGACUUGGCCACCAAACCAGCAUAACUUUUCAAAUACUUAAAUGGACACUCUAUUGCUCAAAUACAAAAUAAAUUUAAAAAAAUACUUGUUAGUAGAUAUACACCAAAUGACAACUUGCAUGGGUUUAAUUAUGCAUAUUUUUUUUCAUUCAGGGGAUAUCAAAAACAGCUGGCAAAGCUACAGAUCUCUUAUCUGCAGCCUUUGCAAGCCCUCAUCUUCUAAUCCCACCUAAACCUCCUGUGGCUGUCUAAUCACAGACUCCCAGUGCAGCUUAAAUAGUAGUCUUUGCAAGGCAGGUGCUCUGGGCAAUUGCUGCCUCUUGAGUUUAGUUCCACUGAACUAACCAAACAAGGAAGUAACAGAAUCAGUUAUAUAUUCUUUCUAUCAAUCCUCCAGUUUGCCUGCUACAACUCAGCUUCUCACCAAAGUGGAGACAGGCCAGGUACAUGAAGUGGAUGUCAAAUUCACUCAAGAAGGACAUCAGGAAGAGCUCAAGCAUGUAAUUUCAAGGUAAGUACUUUGCUUUUAAUUUGAUUUUGUUCUCAUUUAGGCAACAAAAGUAAGACCAAAUAUAAAAGGAAUUGAUCAUCUGCUAGAUGAAUGUGUGUACUGAUCAAUUUCAUUAAUUAUUUUUUAUUAUAUUAAAAUGAAUUGAAUAUAUCAAAUUUCAGUGAAUUAGUGGAAGCUGAGGAAGAUAAAGUCAGAAGAAUUGUGAAACGUUGUUUAAAAUGGGAUCCCACCAAUGACAAUCCACUGGGUUCCAUCGUACUGCCUCAAGCAGACUGUGCAGUAAGCAUUGGGUACCUUGAUGCCUCCUGUAGAGAUCAUGAGAGUUAUCGCAACAGCUUUAAAAAAUUCUCCUCCCUUGUGAAGGUGGGAGGUCACCUCAUUCUGUUUGCCUUUUUCAAUGCGAACUUUUACACAAUUGGUGAUCACAGGUUUUCGAUUUUAAAUUAUAAUGAAGAGUUUGUGAAGGAAGUUCUUCGAGACAAUGGGUAUACUUCUGUGAUUUUUGAAGUAUAUGAAAGCAAAGUAAAUGACGACUUAAUGGAUCAUAAAUAUAUUGGGUUUAUUGUAGCUCACAAGGAAAGAGAGAAUUAACCAAAUUAAUUCUAAAAUCUACAGUUGUGAAAAAGUCUUUUGAAAGUAAAAUUUAAUGUUAUUCAUUAAAUAUGUUUAAUUUUAAAGACUUUUUUAAUAUUUACUUGGCGUUUUUGUCUCUCUCUUCUUAGUGUGAAUACAAAGUUUGUUUAUACCACCAUGAGCUCAUGAUUGAUUUCGAUACUUAGUAUCCACAUAGCUUUACAUGUAUGUAAAAUUAAGUUUUACAAAAUUCUGCACUGAAUGUUGUUACUCACAUAUGUUCUACUUUGGUUUGUCCAAGUUAUUCCAAUUAUGAGUAUGGUUAUUUUGAAUGGCCAAUAGUUAUAUGUUAUAUACAGGGUAAUUAUUACCCAGCACACACAUCUGUCUUUAUUUUAAUUUUAUUACUAUACUUAAAAAAAAAAGAAGAAAAUUUAGAUAUAUCUGCCAAACAAAUAACCUAUAAUCCAUUAAAUUGGAAAGUAAAAAUGGAUAAAACAUUGAUAAACAAUCCCCCUUUGCAUGGAAUUAAAAUGAUAAAUAAUAAAAUGUUGUGCAAUAUAUGUUAUUAUAAACGAGCUGCUACACACUUAAGUGCUGUGACUCCAGAUUCAGGCACACUUGAAGUACAAGAGAAAAAAAUAAAGAAUACGUGUAUUAAACUCAUGGAUUUUCUUCAUUUCCGUCCUCCCUAUUUAUUUGAUUAAAAUCACCUCCUCUCCAAUCGUGGUAUACCUUCUGAAUGCCUUUAAAAUGUAAAGAAGGGUCACCAUUAUGGUAAUCUCUAAAAUGAAGUGAAACAUUGUCUUUUGAUGUCUUGUAGUCCUUCCUAUAUAUUAAGUAUAUUCAAAUGUUUCCCUUCUCAUUAUGGGUUGUACAUAGAGGUUUGAGUAUAUCUCAUUUUUUUGCGCUCCACUUAUUCUAUAUUUUUUGUACAUAACCUAUAAUGUCUAGUCAUGUGCAUAGUACACACAAAUGAUUAAAUAAAGAAAACAAAAAACUUAAUUCCCUUUUUUUGCGCUCUUCUAUUUUUUUCUAUUUUUAGGUAGUCUGUUCUUUUGAUUAGAUUUUGUGUUGUUUAAUUGUUUGUUUUUUUUGGAGUUCAACAGAUUAAGAAAGGCAAUUAAAGAUUUUUUUUUUUAAAUGCUUCCUUUUCUUGAUUUUGCUUUAUCUGAAUACAUUUUCUAGACAAAAGCCUAAGUUAUUUCACUUAAUACUGAAGUAAAUAAAUUUGUAUAAAAUAUACAAAAGUUUGCUAUGAAAACCAUGAUCUGACUAAUUCACUUGCAUGUUGUAUAUUUCUAUUACUGGUUAGAAAUUGGCGUUAUAUUCAAAUACAUUAAUUCUUGUAUUUAUAAUUUUUAUAAAACAACUAAAAAUCAUUGUAAUAUUUAUGUGUACCAGGGGCUUUUUCAAUCGGUGUGUAAAGUCCUCCUGCAGCUCGGCGUCUUCUUAACUUCCUCAUUAUAUUCACUUCCGGGUUCCGGCUAUCGCACGCUUGGAACGCAAUGUGCGUUCCAAAUCCGACGGCAUGCGUUCCACUUCCGUGUGGCGUUGCCUAUGUCGGCUGACUUCACUGGAACGCAUACCGAAUGGAUCGUGCGUUCCAUUGCGGAAUUUCUGUAUCAUAUCAUGCAAACACAUGUUAAUUUCCAUAAAUACAUUCCAUAAACAUAUUUCAAUCAAUAUAUCUUCAUGCUAGUAAAGGUGUAAACGCUAGGUUGGGAUUUUUUCUCUUAAGUAGAUUCAAUAUUUAAUUCCCACAGUUCUUUUCCCCAUAUUUAUCUCCUUGAAUUCAUAUUUCUCUCAAAAACAUAUAAUUCUUUUUUAUUGAACCUCAUUGAGUAUUCCUUUUUUUUAUUUUUUUUUAAAUUCUUUAUUUUUCCAUCUUGACAGAAUCAGCGAACAUAACAGUGGCCACAUAGCUUGAGCGAACAUCAGUUAUUGUGCAAUAUCAUAAAGUAUAACAAUGAGAAAAGGAGAAUAUUACUUGUCUUCGAACCGUACAUAUUCUACACAAAUAAUUACAAUUCGGCCGAUCGUCAAGGAUUUUUGGGGAGAUAAUGACAUUACCAGUAUACCAGACGUGUUUACGUUUGCAUUAAUAUCGUUACUUAACCAUGAGCUUUCACUAUUGUAAGGGUGGGGCGUCCGCCACUUCUUGAGGGUAACGGCAUAAGCCUCACGUAUUGUAUACCAGUUAGUUUCCAUGUCACAUGUAAUGACAACAUCCGCCAGUCCUGCCUCCAGGACUGGACUAGCAAAAAAGGGGAGAGAUAGAGUGAAAAGAAAGAUAAAGAGGGGAAUGAGAGUAAGAGGGGGGACCUAUUGAGAAUUUGUUGAGCUAAGGUGACAAGCACCUGUUGGUGCUAUGUGGGGGGGGGAGGGAGGGGGAAAAUCAUGUGGUCUGAGCUAGUGGGUAGCCAUCUCAGCCCUGUCCCAGGUCGCUACUGUCCCAAGGUUCCCAUAUUUUAAGGAAUUUUGGAAGUGAACCUCUUAAUCUGGCUGUCAGUUCGUCCAUCAAAUGGAUCUCUCUAAUUCUUGCUAUGACCUCUGGGGUCUUUGGGGUAUCCUGUUGCAGCCACGUGGCCGCCACUGCCUUUCUAGCUGCUAAGGUGAGUUUGUGUAUGAGUUUUUGGAGUAUUCCUUUUUAAAUGCCUAAUUUUCUUUUAGAGUUAUGAAAGAGAGAAAAAAUCACCAGACUGACAUAUUUUCAAAGAAAUAGUAUUUAAAGUGCCACAGUGUGCAGAAAGUGCUGAUAACUUUUAAAAUGACAAAGUGUUAAUAUUUAAAACUAGAUAAAAAAAUCUUUGUUUCUAACAGAUGGAUGUUCAUGGUUAAAAAGUAAGUUGAAAACAAAAUGGCAAACCUCAAAAUCCGAGUUUAACCCAUGUGGUAAAUGGGUAUUAAAAUUAUAAAUAAAUUUCAUUUCUUCUAUUCUGAUUUUCUUAUUAAAAUCCCCUUUAUUACACAGCCUUUAAUAAACUGACGUGCCUUGAGAAAGGAUAACAGAAUAAUGGCAGUUUUGGCACUUCGCUCCAUUAAUCCUACAGUUUUCCUGCCACGACUCAGCUUCUCACCAAAGUAGAGGCAGGCCAGAUACAUAAAAUAGAUAUCGAAUUCUCUCAAAGGAACCAUCAGAGAGGGCAAAAUAAUGUAUUUACAAGGAAAGCACUUUGCUUUAAAUUUGAUUUUGUUUUCAUUUAAGCAGCAAAUGUAAGACCAAGAAUAAAAGGAAUUGAUCAACCACUAGACAAAUGUGUGUACUGAUCAAUAUAAUUAAUUAUGUUUAUGAUCUUAAAAUGAACUGAAUAUUUCAAAUUUCAGUAAACCCUUGGAAACUGAGGAAGAGAAAGUCAGAAGAAUUGUGAAACGUUGUUUAACCCCUUAAGGACCAAAUUUCUGGAAUAAAAGGGAAUCAUGACAUGUCACACAUGUCAUGUGUCCUUAAGGGGUUACAAUGGGAUCCUACCAAUGACAAUCCACUGGGUUCCAUCGUACUACCUCAAGCAGACUGUGCAGUAAUCAUUGGUACUUUGAUGCCACCUUUAAAGAUCAUGACAGUUACCUCAAUGUAUUUAAAAAAUUCUCAUCCCUUGCGAAGGUGGGAGGUCACCUCAUUCUGUUUGCCCUUUUCAAUGCAACCUAUUAUACAAUUGGUGAUCACAGGUUUUCCAUUUUAAACUAUAAUGAAGAGUUUGUGAAGGAAGCUCUCAGAGACAAUGGGUAUACCGCUGUGAUUUUUGAAGUAUAUGAAAGCAAAGUAAAUGGCGAUUUAUUGGAUCAUAAACAUACUGGGUUUAUUUUAACUCGUAAGGAAAGAGAGAAUUAACCAAAUUAACUCCAAAAUUUAUAGUUGUGAAAAAGUCUCUUGAAAGCAAAAUUAAAAGUAAAACUAUUCAUUGUUAAAAAAUGUUUAAUUUUAAAGAUAUUUUUAAAUAUUUCCUUAAAACUAUCUUUUCUUUCUUCUUGGUGCAAGUACAUUGCUUGUUUAUGUCACACUGAGCUUAUGAUUGUUGGUUUUGAUACUUGGUAUCCAUAUAUCUUUAUCUGCAUGUAAAACUAGGUUUUAGAAUAUUCUGCACUGAAUUUUAUUAAACAAAUAUAUUCUUACUUUGCCAGGUCCAAAUUACUCUAAUUAUGAAUAUGGUUAUUUUGAAUGGCCAGUAGUUAUAUAUGGUAUAUGUAGUAAAUAAACUUGGAAAAAAUAUAAUAAAGUGAGCUGAAAGUCAUGAAUUAACUAAUUCACUUGAAUGCUGCGUAUUUCCAUUACUGGUUAGAAAUUGUUGUUAUAUUCUAAUACAUUAAUACUAAUAUAAUGCUAAUGAAAAAAAUGUAAUCAUUUUAAUAUGUAUGUGUACAAAGCCCCAUGCUCUGCAUUUAUGUUUUUAAUGAAUUGGUAUUUGAGCUGUAAAAUGUUGAAAAAAAUCAUAAACCCCUCUCACAGCUCAUAUAUUUGUAGGAGUUAGCCUAUGCUUCCCCUUCCCCUUUGGAUAGUGAGACUGCACAUAGUGAUUGAUUGAACAUUUAUUGUAAUUUCAGAAAGGGUUAAAGGACCACUCUAGGCACCCAGACCACUUCAGCUUAAUGAAGUGGUCUGGGUGCCAGGUCCCUCUAGGAUUAACCCUUUUUUUAAUAAACAUAGCAGUUUCAGAGAAACUGCUAUGUUUAUAAUAGGGUUAAUCCAGCCUCCAGUGGCUGUCUCAUUGACAGCCUCAAGAGGUGCUUGAGUGCUUCUCACUGUGAUUUUCACAGUGAGAAGAUGCCAGCGUCCAUAGGAAAGCAUUCUGAAUGCUUUCCUAUGGACUGGCUGAAUGCGCGCGGCUCUUGCCGCACAUGCGCAUUCAGCCGAAGAGGAGGAGAGGAGGAGGAGAGCUCCCCGCUCAGCGCUGGAGAAAGAGGUAAGUUUAACCCCUUCCUCACCCCAGAGCCCAGGGAGGAGGAUCCUGAGGGUGGGGACACCCUCAGGGCACUAUAGUGCCAGGAAAACAAGUAUGUUUUCCUGGCACUAUAGGGGUCCUUUAAGGUUUAUGGGAGACCAUCAUGAGUCAAAAUAGUAUAUUAUAUAGCAUGUAUUUUAAAUCAAUAUUGUAGUGAAUAAAAAAAUAGAAGUACCCGAGGCUUGUCAUCCCUUAAAAAUAUAUAAUGUUCCACUAUUUGAUCCCUCACACAGCAAUGGCCAUAGUAUUUAUCAGUCCAAAUAUACUAUGGACUUUGUUGCCAUCCAGAGUAGUGGGAGUUUGAGUGCAAAGAUUAUUUCUUAGCUUGUCCCACCUAGAGGUUUAUUUUGAAGCAGCGUAGGUAUUUCUGUGUUGUUUUUUAAAAUUUGUUUUUGAAUUAUGCAGCCAUACUGCCAAGCAGUCACCUACCCUUCCCUAUCUUUUUUUUGUGCAUAAGAGAAAAGCAGUUACAGGCGUAUUUGGAAUGCCCCGCCAGCAGAGACAAAUAAUAUAAGGGCAAUCCGUGAGAUAUCAGGGCAUGACAUGUAAAUACAAUGCACAGUUUUUAUGUUAGUAGGAAGAAUGGUUUCGACAUGCUAGUGAACUGAAGUAGCUGACAUGCUACUAAGAGUAAACUUGAACAAUAUGAGCAUGCUUACAAGUUGCUAGGAGGAAAAAUAAAAACAAUGGGAUUCCACUAUUCAUUUAUCUAGAAUGCUGACGGAUAUCACUUGGGGGUCGCAGGUUAUCAAUAUUGCAAAGUAAAGCAGCGUAACAUAUAUGAGCACCUAGCUCCACAUGCUGUUCACUCAGCCCACUCAAACCUCUGGCUUCCCUUGGUGUGUGUGAAGCUGAGUCCCCGCUCCCUCUACUGUACCCCACCAGCCCCAGGUUGGGAUAUUGAGGUCACAGUAAUAUAGGUGGCACAGAACCAGCACCAGAUGUUGGCGCUCAUCGUGUGGCUUCUUACGGGUACGCUGUGUGAGGGGAGGAGCGGACCUGUCUCUGCUUCAAUCUCCACUACUCCAUCUUCGGCGCUGCACCAAGGCUUCUCCCAGUGAGUUUCGACUUGGCUGUAGUGUGUGGUAGAUUAGGCUGGGGCGAAGCUGCUGCGUUAGAUUUCAGCAUUCUUCGCUGUGUCUUACUGCAGAGUUGCACCCAGAAGAGCUUGAAAGCCUGGCUGAGGUGUUCCUCCAGCGAGGGCCGGAGUGGUACAGGCAGUUCUUCAGUGGCCAAUGAGCUGCUUGCAUUGCGUUGUUCAGCGGUAUAUACCAGAUCUGGGAGAGGUGAGUGUAGAAUCACCCCAGUGGUGACUGGAAUAACCCCCACCGGUCCUUAGGGAUAGGAGCAUGCUUGGAUCUUGUAGUCCAUCCAACAGUGAGGAGAGUGGCCGCCUCUCCCACCUCAGCCUCCAACAGGCUGCAGCUUGUCUCUUCUUGGAGUUAUCAGCCAUCGGCAGCUUAAGGCAGAGAUUAGUGCUCACGGGCCCUCAAGGGUAAACUGCUUGAGAAUGUGAAAUCGCUUAUUUUCCUGCUACAAUUGGAAAAACAGAAAGAGUAAAAGAUAUAAUAAAUACAGUGAGAACAGUGCAAGUGCAAUCUAACACCUGAGUGGGAAACCCCUUAUACCAAUCUCAAAUAAACAUAAAGCAAUACAUACAGUAGGUGGAUCACACUUCUUACAAUAUCUAGACAAAAAAUAAAUAAACAGCAAUAUAGUGUAAUAUUGUCGGCAACUUGGUGGCCAAAAUGUAAGUAAAAAUGGUCAGGUACUCACAAACCGAGAGCCAAACACAGACAUGUGGCUCUCAUGGAAACAGCACUGGGACUAUUAGUAGGAUGUCCCUCUCCUUCUGAGAAUCUUCUGUUCACCCAAAGAAAUGGAGCUGAGAACACUUACUAAAAAGUAAAGUGUUUAUUUUCCAAAAUUGGCAGCAAAAGAUAAAAGUAAGGAGAAUAUCUCCAAUAAAACAUAUAUACUUGAAUAAAAUAAAAGAGUCCAAAUAAAAGUCUCUACCAAAACGCGUUUCGCCCCGUGCCAGGGGCUUCCUCAGUCGGUAAUGCUUCCUUUCUGCUUUCCUGUUCUUUUAUGUGUGUUUCGCCGGUAUUUGGAACGCAAAAGUUCGCGGUGGAACGCACUUCCGGUUUCGUCAUUUCCGGAUAUCGGCGUCAUCUCCUUCAGCCUGGUUCCCGGCAUGCAGAGGUCUUGUUGGCAUAGAAACGAGCCGGUUGGAACGCACACUGUAUGACGUGUGCGUUCCAUCCCGGAAACAUCAAUGAUAAAAAUAACAUAAAUUCACAACAAAAACAUAAUAGCUGAUCGAGAAGAUCUUCUCUUACCCCAAACCAUUUAUAAAGUGACAGAGUGUUAUAUAGAGGUGCUUAUAUAUUGUGAAGCCUCCAUUGGAAUCAGUAUCAUAAUUUUUAAAGUGCUAGUAUAUAUUAACUUUUAUUUAGAUAUUGGUGAGUGGGGUGUUUCUGUUUAAAGUGCCAGUGUUUAUAUACAUAUUUUAGUGCCAGAUUGAUUACUAUUAUACAAAAUUCAGUAUUGAUACUUCUAUAUAAACAUAUAUUAAUAAUUCUUUGUGCAUAAAUAAGGUUAUUAUUUUUUUUUUUUUUAUAUAUUAUUUACCUCUCUCUCUCUGAUGAUUUGUGUGGUAUAUAAAUAUUAAAUCGCAUUUUGAAUUUUUUUAGAAGAAGUGACAUGUUUCGAAAUCGGAAUUCAAGCCAUGUGGGAUAAGGGUAUUGAAAUUAAAAAUGAAUUUCAUCUCCUCUAAUCCCACUUUUUUAUUAUAAUCUCCUCCUCUCCAAUCAUGUGUAACUGUUUUUAGAGGGCAAAAGAAUAAUUGGUCAGGGUUUUGAUUGUGGUGGGUUUUAAAAUGGUUAGAGACACUGUGGGUUUCCAAACCUUUUCUGAUGUUCCGUAUGUGUUCGGAGAUUCUUACAUGAAGACAUCUAAUAGUUCUGCCGACAUAUAGUAAAUUGCAAGGGCAUUUUAGGAUAUAGAUUACACCUUUAGAAAAACAGGUUAAUUUAUCUCUAAUCACGAAAUGUCACUUCUUCUAAAAAAAUUCAAAAUGCGAUUUAAUAUUUAUAUACCACACAAAUCAUCAGAGAGAGAGAGGUAAAUAAUAUAAAAAAUAAAAUAAAAAAAUAAUAACCUUAUUUAUGCACAAAGAAUUAUUAAUAUAUGUUUAUAUAGAAGUAUCAAUACUGAAUUUUGUAUAAUAGUAAUCAAUCUGGCACUAAAAUAUGUAUAUAAACACUGGCACUUUAAACAGAAACACCCCACUCACCAAUAUCUAAAUAAAAGUUAAUAUAUACUAGCACUUUAAAAAUUAUGAUACUGAUUCCAAUGGAGGCUUCACAAUAUAUAAGCACCUCUAUAUAACACUCUGUCACUUUAUAAAUGGUUUGGGGUAAGAGAAGAUCUUCUCGAUCAGCUAUUAUGUUUUUGUUGUGAAUUUAUGUUAUUUUUAUCAUUGAUGUUUCCGGGAUGGAACGCACACGUCAUACAGUGUGCGUUCCAACCGGCUCGUUUCUAUGCCAACAAGACCUCUGCAUGCCGGGAACCAGGCUGAAGGAGAUGACGCCGAUAUCCGGAAAUGACGAAACCGGAAGUGCGUUCCACCGCGAACUUUUGCGUUCCAAAUACCGGCGAAACACACAUAAAAGAACAGGAAAGCAGAAAGGAAGCAUUACCGACUGAGGAAGCCCCUGGCACGGGGCGAAACGCGUUUUGGUAGAGACUUUUAUUUGGACUCUUUUAUUUUAUUCAAGUAUAUAUGUUUUAUUGGAGAUAUUCUCCUUACUUUUAUCUUUUGCUGCCAAUAUUGGAAAAUAAACACUUUACUUUUUAGUAAGUGUUCUCAGCUCCAUUUCUUUGGGUGAACAGAAGAUUCUCAGAAGGAGAGGGACAUCCUACUAAUAGUCCCAGUGCUGUUUCCAUGAGAGCCACAUGUCUGUGUUUGGCUCUCGGUUUGUGAGUACCUGACCAUUUUUACUUACAUUUUGGCCACCAAGUUGCCGACAAUAUUACACUAUAUUGCUGUUUAUUUAUUUUUUGUCUAGAUAUUGUAAGAAGUGUGAUCCACCUACUGUAUGUAUUGCUUUAUGUUUAAUUGGAAAAACAGGUUUGUGGGCCCGGAGCUCAGGCAGUGCGCUUCCAGCUAGUUCGGUGGUCAGGUUCCGCCUGUCACCUACACUAUGUGUGCCCUGUUAAGGGUUAAUUAUUUUGUAGUGGCUCAUAAAAUUCCCCCUUUCUGUUUCAUUAGAGAUUGUUUGUUUGCAUUUUAGGGGAAACCAAAAUUGCUGAAAACACAUUAUUACUUUUCUUAGAUAAGAAUAUUUUAUAAAAUCAAUUGCUGAAUUUGCUUUUCACACGCACAGAAAUAAAUAUAAACUAGAAAUUAAAAUAAUGUAUUCAACAGUAGAUACAUGGAGCAAUUACAUUUAUCUCUUUGUGGCAUUUUAUAUAUACUUUUAGUUGUUCUUUAAAAUGUUCACACUUUAUUAUUCAUCUAGCAUGAAAACAUAUCUCGUAAUAAGCUUCGUAAUAAAAUAUGAGUGAAUAAAUCUAUACAUAAAAUUAAAAUAUUAUACAUAUGUAGAAAUUCUUCAAAUGUAAAAAGAGUGGAAGGAGGUAGCGAAAAAAUAUGUUGCAAGUCAGGAUGGAUGCUGUCCAGGAGGUGGGAGGGUCUGGGACGGUGGGUCUGCUGCUGAUUGGCUGGAAUGUGUCUGCUGACUGUGAGGUACAGGGUCAAAGUUUACUCAAUGAUGAGUCCAUGGCGAACCGUUCGUGGCGAACCAUUCGUGGCAAACCGUUCGUGGCAAACCGUUCGCGAACUGUUCGGCGAACAGUUCGGGGCAUCACUACUGGAGAACUAUGACGAAAAGGAGUUUGUGUCCAAAAUAGUGUUUCAGCUCGUUUCAAAAAGUCUUACAACAAAAACCCCAAUGGGCUAAUCUUUUUAGCUAUGAAAACAGUCAAAAACCGUGGAGAGGUGGUAAUCAUAUUAAUUACAUAAUGAAAGAAGAGGUGAAAUGCGUUUAUCUAUUAUACACUUCAGAACCUUAUGAUCUAAAUAUUGAAUUUAAUUUGUUUAUAAUUUGUCUUUUAUUGUCUUUUUAAACUGUUUUAAAUUUAAAUUGCAUUAUACUUUUUUAAUUUUUCUUCUUCAACUAGGUUUUUUAAAAUUAUUUUUUAAGGUAUUUAUUAACAUAUAUAUUUUUAUAUUGCAUACAUUGACUCUUCUCUGUUUUUAUAUACUAUUAUGGAAGGUUUUAUAAAACGUUUUCCUGCUCCUUCACCCUUUUUAAAUGCAUUUCAUUUGUAGAGGUUUUGCCCUUCCUGGCUGAGUCUUAUGGUGUGACUAUGCCUGCUAUCUCUCUAGACUCAGUUGGUAGAAGCUAAUAGGGCACUGGUUUCAAAAGGUUUCCUAACUCUAUGUAUUAACAAAAAUAGUAAGAAGUUAUCAAAUAUGCUUUGAGAUGGGUUUUCUUCACUUUAUCAUGGUUUUCUGUGUAUAACUUAUUUUAAAAUAUUUUUUUUUAAAUAAAAUGUGCUGCAUUACAUUCUAUAUUAAGUUAUCUUCCUAAUAUAAAAUACUUGUAUGGUAUUAUGCUAAAAAAGCCUCAUGAACCUCAGAAAUAUAAAUUUUUCAAAAGAUUUUCACAAUUUUGACCACUAGUGUAUUUUAAUCUAAUUCUAACAACUCUGAAUUGGCACUGCAAAAAUGCCUGAUAUUGUCAGCCAGUAGAAAAACUAAAAUUAUGGGGAUUUUUGCCAAGCGGCACACAAAUAGAUACAUUUUUUCCACCCUUUUCCCAAUUAUUUUGCAUGACUAAUAUUCAAAUUAGCUGAACUACCACAUGGACAACUAUCAGAUGACUCAAACGAUAUAUAUAUAUUGUAACGGAUCACCUGGUACCCCGACUGGGUACCUCCAUUGAUGGAUGCUCCUAGUGCUUCCCAAGGGCUCCAAGCACUCCACUUGACACCAUAAGCACUGCAGACCACACAAACUCCCGCAGCUUGGUUGGGGUCUCGCCGUCUCCUACCCACCCUGGACCUACGACAAGGCUCCAGGUCCCAGUGGGUGAACUUCUCAUUUCCCAGAGAGUGAAGCAGGAACAGGAACAAGCUCUUACAAGAGCUUAGUGAUUAUUCAAGGGAGUAGGAAGAGCAUAGCAAUCCCUUGUAGCAGAUUCCUACAAUAAGAGACAGGACUCUAGAUUGAGGGUGAAGUAGAACUGGUUUAAUGAGCACAAAGGCAUUUCCUAUAUACGUAGCAAAUAGCAAAAUAAAUGCAACCUGUUAAUCAAUGGGAUAGGACAAAGUGGGGAAAAGAGCUGAUACCAGAAAGUCUGGAGGGUAGAGAGUAAUUAACAGGCUCAGCUCCUAGCCGAGGCAUACAGCUGAUUGGCCCGCUGGGAUAUUUAUACCCUCUCCACAAAGAGGUAAGGUUAUCCCCUGAUGAAGGUGCACUGAAACACGCGUCGGGUUUUGUUCUUUCUCACAUUUUCUUUUUAUUUGCACUAAUGGAGGCACAGGGUGUUUAGCACCAUUUUGUUUUUUUGUUUAGACAUUUUUGUUUGGGGAGAUGUCUAGAGGGUAAAUUGCUCUGUAUGAUGACAGCUAGGGACAGCGUUAGAACACCCAUGAAGGUGGUUGUUUAGGAGCAUUAUGGAUAUUAUCUAGGAAUGCAGACUGGCUGACCACAUAUCAGCUUGAUUGAAUUCAAGUUCCUGCUCUUUUUCUGCCUUUCAGCUGUCCUGUAAUCUGUCUCUUAUUUUUAGCCCUAGUACAGCUAUACGAUAUGUCUAGGAACUGAGCCUGUUAAUUACUCUCUACCCUCCAGACUUUCUGGUAUCAGCUCUUUUCACCACUUAGGCUAUACUCCCAUUGGAGCUUCUGAGCCAGCCUACGUGACUAGGUAUAGCCCUUGUAGUAUUUGUAAUUAUAUUUCUUAUACACAGUUUUCCCCACAAGGUUACCACCCACAUGGACCUUGUGGAACACAGGACACAAAGUCACAACAGCCAAUCAACACAGUAUUGUACAGUUAGACACUCCCAACUAAUGUACACACACCCUCCCCUCUGCCUGUGAUACAAUUACCAAACACAAUGGACUAACUCAAUUACCACAGGCAGAAAAUAUCCAGUUUUACCCAAAGUCCAGAAACACCCCAAAACUACAACAUACCCCCCUACAUCCCUGGAUAGCCCUGAUCUGGAUGAACAACAUUUCCAAAAAUAACCCAGAUCAGAGCAGGGGUUCAAAAGUUUUAUGGAAGUCACAUUUGACCAACCGCAAGCAUGGCUUUCAUGCCCAAAAUAGUUCCACAGAUUUAGGGUGUGCGGCCAGUCUAUCCUUUCCUCUAUCCUGGAGAUAAUUGGCAGAAAUGGCUGUGGUAAGACAAUUAUCUCCAGGUACAGGAAAUAUCUCCAAGUCCAAAACCUGUUACAAAAACCACAUAAAUAUACAUAACUCAUAUAAUACAAUGUUGAACCUAUAUGUCCAACAUAUCCCCAGAUAGCUUGCAUCUAAGCGCUCAAUAUGUCCAAACAACGCACAGAUCUCACAAAUAAAGUUGGAUCGCCAUGUGGUUGUCUCUUUUGACCGACCACAAGCAUGGCUUUCAUGCCCAAGAUAGUUCCACAGAUUUUGGCUGUGCGGCCGGGCUAUUUUCAAUGUUAAAAGUGCACUAUAGUAGGGUGAGGUCAGAAAAUAGCAAGGGCUGAUGGGAGGAGGGACAAAGCAGCCAGUUUAAACUGGUCUGGCAGUGUCCCUGGGACAACGCCCUGCUGGAGAAACAAUAGGACAGGAAAAAGGGGGAGGGGAAGAGGCACAUUUUCCCAUGGAUUUAAAGGGGCAGAAAAAGUGUUUUAAAAUCCAAUAAGCCCAAACAGACUUUUUAAAUGGCAAUACACCCCAAGGGCCAUAGUCGAACAGAGGGCUGUUUACAGAUAUGUUGUAUAUUAUCAGGUCUCCUGAUCUAAAGACUGCUUAAUAAUCAAAAGUCAUUGUUGUUUUAUCUUUUUUUUUUUUUUAGAUAUAUAGUAGUAUCCCUAUAUUAAUUUCUGUUAUAUAUUUGGUCUGUUUAACCCCUUAAGGACCAAACUUCUGGAAUAAAAGGGAAUCCUGACUUGUCACACAUGUCAUGUGUCCUUAAGGGGUUAAAUGUCUCCUGGGAAUUCUCCCACCAAUAACCAUUCACCAAGAUAAAUUAUAAGCUAAGUGUUAAUAUUUUAUAAGUCUCUUGCCUAAAGCCUGUUGUGUGGGGCCAGCUCAUUGGCUGAAAACCUCAGCUGUUUGCUCUUACCCAAUAAACUAAGACCUAUAUUACUGGGCUCAUCUCAGUGAAGAGAGCUUGUGGCUAGAGAGGAGGCUGUGAUUGGUGCAGUGUGGACCUCAGGUAAGAAGCAGAGCCAUUAACAAAUUAUCUGACUACUUACAUUGGGGAGUGGAAUGCUAGUAUGUAAUGGUUAUGAUGUUUGGAGUGUUCCUUUAAAAAACAUAUUGCUUUUAAAAUCAAUAUUAUAGGAGCUUGAUAUGCAGAGCUGAAUAUCACAGAAAAAAAAUGAGAAUCAAGAGGAAAGAUGGGGAAAUCAUUUAUCUCGUUUCAGCUUCUAUCAGAAUGCCCAGUAAAUAAUGUAGUCACACUAUUCUGAAAUGUAAAUGUUUAACAGCGUUUGGUGAUCAUGUAGCUCACACUGCAUACAUUUUAAAAUAGCUACAGUACCAGUUUAGUGAAUAACUCGUCAUUUCUAUUUUUCUUGAAGAUUUUAUCUGUAAUAUAGUGCUGCAUCCACUGCCCCUUAGAUAGAUUAGCAAUCUGACAAUAGUGGAAAAUGAAGUUGUGAUACAGUUAUUAGAUUGUGAUAGAAAAAAAUAUUAAAAUAUUAGAUUACAAGGAACAAGACUAUAGCAUAUAUUAUCAUCAUCAUCUUCAUCAUCAUCAAAACAGAGCGUGUUACAGCACAGUGACACUGUAAAGCUAAAAUUGCCAAAAUAAUUUUUCCCCAAUUGGCUGACCUCAGCCUAGCAUUUAGUGAAUAAACUGCUAAAGUCCAUUAAGAAAAAUACCUUCUAGGAGAAUGUAGAAAGCUACAUGUUAACUAGAAACAUAAUGAAGGAAAAUACCAGAUAUUUUAGAGAUGUUUUCUGCAUCAACAGAUAUAAACUCUUAUAUACUUUGCUAGGAAAUUGAUACCUGAAAAUAAAGCCUCGAGAUGGAGGGAAUGAAACAUAAACAUUAUCACGAUGAAGAGUUUGAUAAUCAUUUGGUUAUAGAAACAUAUGUUGGUCGGGAUAAGACGGAUUUCAGAGAAGAAUUUUUAGACCCUGCAUUGCAAAAAAUAUUUCAGUGUUUGUGUUCAGGUACGUUCAUUGUCAACAUAUAAAUUCUGUCCUCAGUGCCACCAGUAUUAAAGUAUCAUAACUCUCACAGUUAUUUGUAAAGACCCGAGGUGACCUGUCUGUUUGAAUUUUGUCACCAAAUAAAAGUGAGAACGGAGAUAUAUGAAUCUAAACCUCUGCCUUAUUGUGCCAUGAAUUUCUAGGACUUGAAACAUUAAGAACUGCAUCCUUUUUGUGCUUAUGAAAACAUGAAAGUGGGAAAGAUAAUAUAUCUAGUUUAGAGGACAGAUGGGAGAUCAAGCUGCAAUGCAUUGUGUGGUCCAGAUGCCAGGAUUUAGUCAGGCAACUCUACAAACUGUAUACGGCCUCUGCUUCUAUGCACUUAAAUUAUUUUCCAUCCCAAUGGCAUUUUGAAAAGUAGUAUGUAAAAAAAAAUGUGGUUUUAUUCUGAGUGAAGCCAAUUAUCCCAGAUUCAAAAAUAUAUGUAACAAAAAGAAAAUAAUUGCAGUGAAGGUGAUAUUUUUACUAAUUUGUUUCCCCCCAGGUAUUGUGAAAGGAGAGACUCUGAUAGACCUCACUGUUAGUGCUGCCUUUGGUCAUUUGAUGGUUAUGUCCGAUUUCUUUAAGGAAGUCACCAUUUUAGACUCAUCAGAUCAAACGCUUAAUGAAAUGGAAAAAUGGCUGAAUAAGGAUCCAGGAGCUGUAGACUGGUCUCAUGCUGCUGAAAUUUCAUGUGCACUUAAGGGUGUGAGGUGAGUCUGUAGAGUUAGAGAGAUUUUUAUAUAUCAUACCUGGAUAGCAAACGGCGAGAUCCCAACCCAGCAGCGCCAGUUUGUGGGGUCCGCAGUACUUAUGGUGUCUACGGUGCUGAUGAUCCUUUGGUGAGCGCUGAGAGCAUCCUUUCCAUUGUCCAACUUUCAGCUAGCCUGGAGGCAAGCGUAACAAACAUAUCCAAAAAUCACCCAGAUCCGUUCAAGGGUUAAGGAAUUUCCUGGAAGUCUUAUUUUUGCCCCACCGUGCACAUGGUCCCAUGCCCAAAACAGUUCCAUACACUCAAUGACAAAACACUGCUGGACAAUUUAAGAUGGCUGCCGCCACAUGUUCUCUGAAACUGCUAUGUUUACAUCAAAAAGGGUUAAACCUAGCAGGACCUGGCACCCAGACCCCUUCAUUAAGAUGAAGUGGUCUGGGUGCCUAUAGUGGUCCUUUAACUUUGCAAAACAAAAAGGGACUGACCCCACCAGCUGAACGCAUGGAACUAUUUUGGGCAAUUGCCUCAUAUGCGGCUGGGCAGAAAUGGGACUUCCAUCUAUCUCCCUAACCCCUGAACCGAUUUGCAUGAUUUUUUAAUAUGUUGGUCCCCUAAUUAUCAGAAAUUAUCAGAAAAUAUAAGUUUUUUUAUGGGAAUUAGAUGUAUGGUUUUAAAUGUUUCUAAAAAUGUGUAAAAAGUUCAUACAGUAAUUAACUCAAUUAUCUCCCAAGCAGAGGGGAGGAAUUUACUGUAAUGAAUGGGAGUAUUUAACUUUGUGACUGUAAACCAUUAGCUAUUAAAUGUGAACCUUCAAUACGUAGCCUCAUCUCGUGUUUGUAGGGAAACUGCAUCCAGCCAAUCACUAGCUCUUGUAAGAGCUCUGCUAUUCUCUCUCUCUACUGGUUCGGCUAAUGGGACAUCUGGAGCAUACUGCAGCACAGCCUCUCGCAAGGGAAAAGGAUGUCUCCAAUACACAGGGUGGCCAUUACAGAUAGAUAGAGAGGGAUGGAUAGAGAGGGAUGGAUAGGUUAAAAGGGAUGGGCGUAUGGAUAGAGAGGGAUGGAUGGAUAGUGAGGAAUGGAUGGUGUUACGGUUGCCCCAGGCUAGCUGAGGGUUGGACCAUAGAAAGGAUGCUCCUAGUGCUCACCAAGGACCAUCAGCACCGCACCAGACACCAUAACCGCCGCAUACCCCACGAACCGCCGCAGCUUGGUUCGGGUCUCGCCAUUUCCUACCCACCCUGGACCUACGACAAGGCUCCAGGUUCCAAUGGGUAAACCUCUCUUUCCCCAGAGAGUGAAGCAGGAACAAACUCUUACAAGAGCUUAGUGAAGCUAACGAGUAUGAAGAGCAUAGCAAUCCCUGUAGUGAUUAUAGCUGUCUCCUCCAAACACGAGUCGAGGCUGUGAGUUGAGGGUCAAGUAGAACUGGUUUAAUGAGCACAAAGGCAUUUCUUUUAUACACAUUUUCAGGCCAGAGGCACACCCCCUGGACCUGUUGGAACACAGGAACAAAAUGAGCAUAAACCAAUCAAAACAAAACCCUCCACUCUAUCCUGGAGAUAAUUGGCUUAAGUGGCUGUGGUAACUUAAUUAUUUCCAGGUAUAGGUAAUAUCUCUAAAUCAAAAACUGUUACAAAAACCACAUAAAAAUACAUAACUCAUAUAAUACAAUCUUUAACCUAUGUGUCCAACCUAUCCCCAGACAUCUUGGAUCCUAGCACUCAAUAUGUCCGAAAAGCGCUCAGAUCUCACGAAUACAGUUGGAUCGCCAUGGGGUUAAAGUUGUCUCCAUGGCCAUUCGGAUGGAUGGAUAGAGAGGGAUAGAUGGGUGGAUGGAUGGAUAGAGAGGGAUGGAUGGAUAGAUGGAUUGAAUAGAGAGGGAUGUAUGAAUGGAUGGAUGGAUGAUGGAUAGGAAGGGAUGGAUGGAUAGAGAUGGAUGGAUAGAGAGGGAUAGAUGGGUGGAUGGCUGGAUAGAGAGGGAUGUAUGGAUAGAGAGGGAUAGAUGGAUGGAUGGAUAGAGAGGGAUAGAUGGAUGGAUGGAUAGAUAGGGAUGGAUGGAUAGAUGGAUGGAAUAGAGAGGGAUGUAUGAAUGGAUGGAUGAUGGAUAGGAAGGGAUGGAUGGAUAGAGAUGGAUGGAUAGAGAGGGAUGGAUGAUAGAAAUGGAUACAGAGGGAUGGAUAGAUGUAUGGAUAGACAGGAAUGGAUAGAUAGAGAGGGAUGGAUGGAUAGGGAGGGAUGGAUGGAUGGAUAGAGAUGGAUAGAUGGAUUAAUAGAGAGGGAUGGAUGAUAGAAACUGAUGGAUGGAUAGAGAGUGAUGGAUGGAUAGAGAGGGAUGAAUGGAUAGAGAGGGAUGGAUAGGGAUGGAUAGAGAUGGAUGGAUGAAUAGGUAGAGAGGAAUGGAUGGAUAGAGAGGGAUGGAUAGAUGUAUGGAUAGACAGGGAUGGAUGGAUAGACAGGAUGGAUGGAUAGAGAGGGAUGGAUGGAUAGGGAGGGAUGGAUGGAUAGAGAUGGAUAGAUGGAUGGAUAGAGAGGGAUGGAUGAUAGAAACUGAUGGAUGGAUAGACAGUGAUGGAUGGAUAGAGAGGGAUGAAUGGAUAAAGAGGGAUGGAUAGGGAUGGAUAGAGAUGGAUGGAUGAAUAGGUAGAGAGGAAUGGAUGGAUGGAGAGUGAUGGAGGGAUAGAUGGAUAGUGAGGGAUGGAUGGAUCCAUCCAUCCAUCCAUCCAUAUUCACUCUCUCACUCACCAUUCUCAAUCUCCCUCACGCACACUCAAUCUCACUUACUCACACUCAAUCUCUCACUCACCAACACCCACACUCACUCAUUCACACUCAUUCAGUCACCCACACUAACUUACACUCACCCACCCACACGCACUCAGUAACCCACACUCACUUACUCACCCACACUCACUCUUACUCACUUACUCACCCACACUCACUCACUAUCACUCACUCUCAAUCUCUCACUCACACUCAUUCUCAAUCUCACUCACACUCAAUCUCUCACUCACAAUCACUCUCUCACACUCACUCUCAAUUUCUCACUCACUCUCAACCUCUCACUUGCUCUCAAUCUUUCACUCCCUCACUCACACUCACUAACUCACCCACAGUCACACACCCACACACACUCACUCUUACUCACUCACCCACACUCACUCACUAUCACUCACUCUCAAUCUCACUCUAUCACACUCACUCUCAAUCUCACUCAUCUCUCACUCACUCACUCUCAAUCUCACUCACUCUCAAUCUCACUAACACUCAAUCACUCACUCACAAUAAUUCUCACACUCACUCUCAAUUUCACUCAAUCUCAAUCUCUCACUCACUCUCAACCUCUCACUUGGUCUCAAUCUCUCACUCCCUCACUCAUACUCACUCAAUCAUCCACACUCACUCACACUUACACACCCACACUCUCUCACUCAGUCACUCACACUCGUUCAGUUACUCACCUACACUCACUCAUCUACCCACACUCACUCUCACUCUCACUCACUCACCCACACCCACUAUCACUCACUCACCCACACUCACUCACUCAGGCACCCACACUCACUCACCCACCCACACUAACACACUCACCCACACUCACUCACACUCACCCACACUCAUUUAGUCACUCACUCGCACACUCACACUCACUCACCCACACUCACUCUUACUCACUCACCCAUCCACACUCACUCACUCUCUCUCACUCACUCUCAAUCUCACUCAUUCACACUCAAUCUCUUUCGCUCACUCACUCACACUCAAUCUCUCACACGCAAUCACUCUCUCACACUCACUCUCAAUUUCUCACUCACUCUCAACCUCUCACUUGCUCUCAAUCUCUCACUCCCUCACUCAUACUCACUCAAUCAUCCACACUCACUCACUCACCCAUACUUACACACCCACACUCUCUCACUCAGUCACUUCCACUUGCUCAGUUACUCACCUACACUCACUCACCCACCCACACUCACUCUCACUCACCCACACCCACUAUCACUCACUCACUCGACCACCCGCCCACCCACACUCACUCACCCACACUCACUCACUCAAGCACCCACACUCACUCACACUCACUCACUCACUGACUCACACUCACUCAAGCACCCACACUCACUCACACUCACUCACUCACUGACUCACACUCACUCACUCAUCCACACUCAUUCAGUCCACCCACACUAACACACUCACCCACACUCACUCACACUUACCCACACUCAUUUAGUCACUCACUCGCACACUCACACUCACUCACCCACACUCACUCUUACUCACUCACCCACCCACACUCACUCUUACUCACUAACUCACCCACACUCACUCACUCACUCUCAAUCUCACUCAUUCACACUCAAUCUCUUUCGCUCACUCACUCACACUCAAUCUCUCACUCUCCCACACUCAAUCUCACUCACACUCAAUCUCUCACUCACAAUCACUCUCUCACACUCACUCUCAAUUUCUCACUCACUCUCAACCUCUCACUUGCUCUCAAUCUCUCACUCCCUCACUCACACUCACUCAAUCAUCCACACUCCCUCACCCACACUUACUCACUUACUCACCCACACUUACCCACACUCACUCACCCAUACUCACAAUCACUCACUCUUUCUCACUCACUAACUCACUCAAUUUCACUCUAUCACACUCACUCUCAAUCUCACUAAUUCACACUCAGUCUCACUCAUUCACACUCAAUUUCAAACACAAUCACACUCACUCUCAAUUUCACUCACUCUAAAUCUCUCACUCACUCUCAAACUCUCACUUGCUCUCAAUCUCACUCCCUCACUCACACUCAAUCAUCCACACUCACUCACCCACACUUACUCACUCACCUACACUCACCCACCCACACUUACUCACACUUGCUCACACUCACUCAGUCACCCACACUCACCCACAUUCACUAACCCACACCCACACUCACUCAGCGACACUCAUUCAGUCACCCACACCCACACACUCACCCACCUGCACUCAGUCACCCACACUCAGUCACCCACACUCACUCUUACUCACUUACUCACCCACACUUACUUACUCACCUACACUCACUGACUACUUACUCUGGGAGGGGGUCCCGGCACUCCUGGCACCAUAACCACUACACAGACCUGUAGUGGUUAUUGUGUGUGGAUUAUUUCUUUAAAUAAACUACAAGUGCCCCUCCCGAGAUCAGGCUCUGGACCCGCCACUGAUACCAAACCAGAAUAAACAUACCUAAUUUGUAAUUUUUUUCAUUCGGGGUAUAUCUAAAAUCAGCUUGCAAAAGCUGCAGAUCUCUUGUUGGCAGCAUUUGCAAGCCCUUCUCUUUUUUACAGAAUUUGCAAUGCAGCUCAGUGAGAAGUCUUUGCAAGGCAGGUGCUCUGGGCAAUUGCUGCCUCUUGAGUUUAUCUCCUCUGAGUUAAACAAACUAGGAAGUAAGAGGACCGACUGUCUGAUUAACACCAGGAGGUUUUAACAGAGAUAAUUUUUAAAUUUCUAUUGAAAUCUGUACGUUUUUUUUAAAUGAAAGAAAAGAGGGCAGACUUUGCGUAAAAGGGACACUGCAGACCCCUAAAGUACUUUUGCUUGCUGAAAUGCUUUAUGUGUGAAGAGCCAUUUUUUUCAUUUAGGCAACAAGAACAAAUUAUAAAAGGAAUUGAUCUAGAUGAAUGUGCAUACUGAUCAGUUUUAUUAGUUAUUUUUAUGAUAUUAGAAUAAAUUGAAUAUUUAAAAUUUCAGUAAAAUAGUGGAAGCUGAGGAAGAGAAAGUCAGGAGAAUUGUGAAACGUUGUUUAAAAUGGGAUCCCACCAAUGACAAUCCACUGGGAUCCGUCAUCCUGCCUCAAGCAGACUGUGCCAUCAGCAUCUGGUACUUUGACGUCGCCUGUAAAGAUCAUGAGAGUUAUCGCAACAGCUUUAGAAAAUUCUCAUCCCUUGUGAAGGUGGGAGGUCACCUCAUUCUGUUUGCCUUUUUCAAUGCGACCUAUUAUACAAUUGAUGAUCACAGGUUUUCAUUCCUAAACUAUAAUGAAGAUUUUGUGAAGGAAGUUCUCCAAGACAAUGGGUAUACCACUGUGAUUUUUGAAGUAUAUGAAAGCAAAUUAAACACUCACUUAAUGGAUCAUGAUCGUAUUGGGUACAUUGUAGCUCGUAAGGAAAGAGAGAAUUAACCACUGGUGAAAAUGUUUUUUGAAAGCAAAAUUAGAAGAAAAACUAUUCUGCGUUUAAAUAUUUUUGUGCAUCGUUUGUUAAAAUAUGUUUAAUUUUGAAGAUAAUUAAAUAUUUGUUAACAUUUAUUUGAGCUUCCUUUUGUUUACUCUUAGUGCAUGUUUGUUUAUACCACACUGUCCUUAUGAUCGGUUUUGAUACUCAGUAUCCGUAUAUCUUUAUCUGCAUAAUUAUGACAUUUAUAAAGCACCAACAAAUUCUGCAGCACGGAACAAUUGGGAAAAAGACAAUACAGUAUAGAAAGACCAAUACAAAAGGUAGAGGGCCCUGUACGUGAGCUUACAAUCUAAAGUUAUAUACAACUUUUUAAAAAUAUUUUACACAUUUUUUAC